GUUCGCUACCCCAAUACCCACUCUCUCUCUUAUCUCCCUCUCUCUCCUCUUUUCUUUCUCUCUCUUCAUUCUCAAUCAACCAAAAGCAAAACCCUUCUCUCAUUGUUCUUUAUUUCUGUUUCUAUUAUUCUCUCUCUCACUGUUUUUUCACGGCUUCCCUGUAAAACCCUAAUUUGCUCUCUCUCUGUAACACACUCUCACUUCACAGGGAAAGGAACUCAAAAACCAAGAGAAAAUUGGAUGGAAUUAGGGGUUGGGAUAUAUGUCCUUCAAUCAAUCAAGGUCGGAUAAGAAAGAGAACGCCCAGUAUCGAAAAACAACGCGAUCCACGAGCUCCAAUCAACAGCGGGGCUUCCCAGGAGCUUACGGUAAGGGCAGCGGCUCCGGCGUCAGUGGGCCCGCCCCUUCACCGUCCAUUUCAUCUAAUCGCAGUUGUAAGAAGUCUAAUAACAAUGCAAUGUUUCCAGCGUACAUUCUUUGGAUUCUACUAGUGCUGCUAUGCCGCGUGGGGCAUAAACCGGCGCCCAUACACAGCCCCAAUUGCAAGUUUCCAAGCAAGUGGAGCCAUCGUCCACUCAAAGAAGCUCCCGAUCUGUUCUGAAAGCUCCAACUUCUCAGUCUUCCUCCGUGAGUCCUGACACUACAGCAACGAACAUCAGUUCCCCUCUUCUUGUUGAACGGGAUUCAUUCUCCAGUCCAGGUAGAAUUAUUGAUAGUUUUGGUUCGGGACAUUUGUGUCUGGAUCCUGUGCGUGGAGCUAGUGCAGGCCUUCGACCUGGCCAACUGGUAAAUUAUGGUGUUCUGAGGAAUCCACGUGGACCUAUUCAAUAUCCUGGAGUUUUAGCCAGUCCUAUGCAGCCAGUCGGUUCACAGGGAAUGCAAGGAAAUAGUCCUGACGCUGACAGGCGGCAGCGAGCCACUAAUUUUCAUAAGGGUUUAAUUCCUUCUCCACAAACUCCCUUACAGAAGAUGCACAAAGCUGAGAAGAAGUAUGAAGUGGGUAAAGUAACAGAUGGAGAAGAGGCUAAACAAAGGCAACUAAGGGCAAUAUUAAACAAACUAACUCCACAGAACUUUGAAAAACUGUUUGAGCAAGCAAAAAGUGUCAACAUUGAUAAUGCUGUGACACUCGUUGGUGUCGUCGAUCAGAUCUUUGACAGAGCUCUGAUGGAGCCUACUUUCUGUGAGAUGUAUGCUAACUUUUCUUAUCAUCUUGCUGGAGAGUUGCCUGGUUUUAGUCAAGACAAUGAAAAGAUAACAUUUAAGAAGGUGCUUAUAAACAACUGCCAGAAGGAAUUUGAAAGAAGAGAAAGAGAGCAAGAAGAAGCCAACAAGGCUGAUGACGAGGGUGAGAUAAAACAGUCUGAAGAAGAAAGUGAAGAGAAGAGAAUUAAGGCACGGAGAAGAAUGCUUGGUAACAUUAGAUUAAUUGGAGAGUUGUACAAGAAGAGAAUGUUGACUGAGAGAAUAAUGCAUGAGUGCAUUAAAAAAUUGUUGGGAAAUUACCAAAAUCCUGAUGAAGAAGAUGUUGAAGCUUUAUGUAAACUAAUGAGCACAAUUGGAGAGAUGAUUGACCAUCCAAAAGCUAAAGAGCAUAUGGAUGCAUAUUUUGAUAGGAUGAAAAGCACAUCAAACAAUAUGAAACUAUCUUCUAGGGUUAGGUUCAUGUUGAAGGAUUCAAUUGAUCUCAGAAAGAACAAAUGGCAGCAGAGGAAAGUUGAGGGCCCGAAAGGGAUUGAGGGUCCGAAAGGGAUUGAGGGUUUACCAAUAAAUUGAUGUUUGGUCUGUAUUGGUUAAGAACCCUAAUAAAUUCCUGAAAUUAUCCAAGAUUUUGCUAAA